GUGGAAAGCAGCACAAAGACAUUUUUGCUGAACAACACCCUCUCCCUCUUCCACCCACCCCCGUCGCCGGCCGAUUUCUCUGUCGACUUCCUCGCAAUCCGUUGCCUACUUCUCCCCUUCCUCCUGAAUAAUUCACCUUGCAGCAACUGCCUCCUCCGUCGUGGUUUCCCUCGGGUACGCCGUUCGCUGCGUACGAUCGUUGACGGGUUAUCUAUUCCCCGGUGAUUGAACGGUUUCUGGUCCGCAAAGUUGGAAUUUCCUCGGUGGAUCUGCGCACCCCGACAGUUGAAUACGACCAGUGGCACUCUUUCCGAUCGCAAUUUCUUGGAAGCCAACGUUGGCGGCAACGUUGGAGUCACUAUAUGCUCUCAGACACUCAUGGGAAUGCUAAUAGAUCUUCCAUACAAGGUGGAAAGUCCCCGCUAGCCUCGGAAAAGGCCUCGAUGAUGCCGUGGAAGUUAUCGACCAAUACGUCUCCGGAGGCAAAGAACCGCCCUCCAUUGUCUUCGCAACAAUCCAACUCCUUGCCCUCCACCCCGUAUCAACAUGCGCGGAAAAUCUCCUUCAACUCCCGGACGCCCUCGCCUCCCCACGGGAGCACCUCCCCCCGCUCUACCCACUCAGAGUCCACCCACCUUCCCCCCUCGAUGCGAAAACAGUAUGGCGGCUGCCAGUAUGAGACGGCGAUGGCAUUUUUCAGGAGACGAAUACCCUACUCCAUAGGUGCCGACUUGUUACCGGAGGAGAAGGAGGGCUUAAAGGAGCGGCUGGAGCCCGAAGAGGAACAGAGACUCACCGCCGACAUGCUGGAAGUCUACGAUCGAUUGCUACCGUCGGCAGAGAGCGACGAUCGACGACGUCAGCUCGUCCGCAAGCUGGAGAAACUGUUCAAUGAUCAGUGGCCGGGAUGUAAUAUUAAGGUUCAUGUUUUUGGGUCGUCGGGGAAUAAACUCUGUUCGAGUGAUUCGGAUGUUGACAUCUGUAUAACCACCACCUAUAAAGAGCUGGAGCACGUGUGUCUGCUGGCGGAGGUUCUCGCAAAACAUGGUAUGGAGCGAGUCGUUUGCGUUUCGCACGCAAAAGUCCCCAUUGUGAAGAUUUGGGACCCGGAGCUGCGAUUGGCAUGUGACAUGAACGUUAACAAUACCAUGGCUUUGGAGAACACGCGAAUGGUCCGGACGUAUGUGGAGUUGGACGAGCGCGUUCGGCCCCUGGCCAUGAUUGUGAAACAUUGGACAAAGCGGAGGAUAUUGAACGAUGCGGGGCUUGGAGGAACAUUGAGUUCUUAUACGUGGAUUUGUCUGAUUAUCAAUUUCUUGCAAACGCGAGAACCCCCCAUUCUGCCGAGCCUCCAGGCUCGACCCCACAAGAAGAAAACUACAGCUGACGGAAUCGUUUGCUCUUUCGAUGACGACCUUGAUUCUCUCGUCGGGUUUGGCCGACAAAAUAAGCAAUCCCUUGGAGAAUUGCUGUUCCAUUUCUUUAGGUACUAUGGCCACGAAUUGGACUACGAGCAAAAUGUGAUCUCAGUACGGGAGGGAAAGCUGCUGUCAAAGGAGGCCAAGGGAUGGCACUUGUUACAGAACAAUCGUUUGUGCGUUGAGGAGCCUUUCAAUACGUCUCGAAACCUGGGUAACACCGCGGACGACACCUCGUUUCGAGGGGUGCACAUGGAGCUUCGCCGUGCCUUCAAGGCCGUUAGCGAGGGCAAUCUGGAACUCUGCUGCGAACAGUACGAGUAUCCGCCCGAAGAAGAGCGUUCAUGGGAAAGACCGCCUCCUCAACCGCGGCCCAUCAUCACCGCAGCUCCGCCACCCUCGAGAGGUGGCCGUGGUGGUGGCCGAGGCGGAAGGCACUCGAAUCAGUUCGGCCGUGGCGGAAAUUCUGGAGGGGGCCGAAGGGCAUCCAACACACCCAACAAGUCGAAUAGCUUCCGACAACCCAACGGUAUGAGUGCAUCCGAACUAUCUCUGCAAGCCCAGCAUGCUCAGUAUCUCCUGCAUGAUCAUCUCUACCAACAAAUUCAGAUCCUUCAAGCCCAGGAACAAGAACUGCGACUCCAACUGCAAAACCAGGCGCUUCUGACAGGGCGGCCUCCGCCCGUCCUCAUCCGGCAACCGUUCAUUCAAUUUCCUAUGCCACAGCAGCAAGACACGCCUACGGAGGACAGUUCACGAUCACGAUCCGGAACGACGAAUCACCAAGCGCACAGUGGUGCAUCAGUCCGCCAGCCGGUCUACUAUAGCACCCAGUACCUCCCGAUCACCGUUCCUGGUGUGCAGGGGAGCAGCACCAAUCCACCGUCUCCGUCAGCAGCCACCGCCAUGCCGGACCUCAGACGCAGUCCCCGCCGGUCAUCAGUUGCGAACGGGUCACCAAGCGGAUCACUUCGAGCACACUCGCAACCGGCCCGGCCCGUCAACUCCCUUCCCAGCUAUGCUCCGCUCUAUUCCAUUGCGCACGCUGCAGACGGUUCGCCGACAUCGAAGUCACGCAACAUGCCCGGUUCUCCAGACAACACUCUAGGUGAGACUGAGAGCUCCUUCAUGCCUAGCAGUCUACCGAACGUUUCUCGCCCGGGCUACUUCGACGAGAACCGGACGAACGAAUAUGUGGGGUACUACCUGGCGACCUCGCCGCAAUUGCAGGCAUAUCAUCAAAAUGCUCUGAUGUCCUCCCUCUCGUCUCCGGUCGGACUUAACAUGCCAAAUGGCGGCAUGAUGCCUUUUGUCGCAAGUUCCCAGGAAUAUAUGCCCUCGAUCCCGCCCAAUGACGUAUCUGGCCAAGGACUAGAUAGCGGUAGUCUUUUUGCCGCCAAGUCUACUUCCACACGACCGCGUGCAGCUUCUCGUCCGGCACGCUCUGCCGAUCGUGGCGGUCCUCUGAUCGUGGAUGGCUCUGUACCUCCUAGUGAACCGCGUUUCUCAGCCUCGGCGGAAGGGUAUGACCCCUAUGCUACCAUGAGCCAUUGUACGUCGGCUUCGGAUGAGCUCAACACAGACACUCCUGCUAGUGUCUCCGACUCGUUCUCCCAAGACUAUCCGGACACUAGCUCCGUUGAGAUCGACCCGACCCCAUAUUUCGCACGACAGGGGAUAGAAUCAUAUCCGGCGGGCAAGACCGGCGAUCCUUUUGUCAAUGGUCAUUCAGGAAAGCAUAGUCUGCUUUCCAGUCGCCUUCAAAGUCUGCAUCUGUCCAACUCAGAGAAAGCGGUCGAGCCUGUGGUUCGUAAUGGAUCUGAGAAGCCCAAGAAUGCUCCCAACCACCAAGAACAUUUGGAAAAAGAACCCUCAAGACCAAGACAGGCUCACGCACCGGAGAAAGGAGCGUCGGCCCCGGGUCCUGCUUCUGCGACGGAACCGCAACCUGCACCGACCAGUGGCAAGCGCCGUGUCAAUGGUGUCGAGUCGUCCGAAAGAGCCAAUGGAGGUACCCAUAAGACCAAACCCAAGAACCACAACUCAACGUCUGGGUCCGGGGAUAACGAAAGACGCAACGUGGGUUCUCAGUCACGGAAGUCUAAUGGGGUCAGUUCAACUCAGGAGUCCACCGCGAACCAUGCCAGCGGCGGCUGGCAGAUGCCUAAGAGCAGAAAGCCAAAACGGAAUGCUAAGCAUUCUACCGAACACAGACAUGGCUUACAUAGCCAUGCCGAGCCACUGCCCGCAGAUGAAUCUCUGCGAAAAGGUGGCUAAGGACAUGAAACUCCGGUCUAUGCUUUACCGUCGCUCUCGGCACGCGUUGCAACCCCGAAAUGCUCCUUGCUGUUCGGUUCCUCGUGAUUGAGCCGAGCUUCCGACUGUUUGGUCGAGACUCAAUCACCCCAUCUCAGACAUCGAAAGUACGGGCGCGAUGUCACAUUGCUUUGUAUAGCUUCUCAUCGCAGCGCAAUCUUUUGCUUCGGU